UUGUUGAUUUUAGGAUAAUUACCCUCACUUUUGUACAGUUUUCCUGGUGAAAAUUCUGAAUCGAUUCUGAUGCAUAUACAGUAAUUUACCCUUUAAAAUCAAACUGGUGUGAGACUGGAAUAAAAUGCUUUAAUUGUGGAAUAAUCAGAUCUUCAUCUGCAAGCACAAGAGAUUUAUUCAUCCUCUUCCUCCUUUCUCUGUAUUGUUCACCUCAGGAAGAACUGUUUAGUGUCUGAUUCUGAAAGGCAGUGAUGUUGAACAGCAGCAGUACUACAACAUUCAGAUAUAAGAGAGUCUCAAAGAGAAAGAGAAAGAAAGAUCAUUAUUCCUGGGAUUCUGUGGGUGGACCAGACCAUGAGAAGUCCUGUUACUCAUCUCAAGAAAACAGAAGUGUGAUAGAAACAAAGCAUUUCAACACCACAUUCUCGUUUCAGUUUUGGCUUCACACCCCAAAGGACUACAUGCAAAUACAGGGUUUACUGUUUACUGUCUGAUGUACAGAGCAGAUGAUGCUGAACACAACAUCCAGCACUGAAUUUAUUUCUACAACUGAAUUUGAUUAUAAUGGUUUACCUCCUGGACCAUGUGAAUACGGCCCCCAUUCAAGCCGCAUCCUCCCACUGCUCUACUCCGUGUUCUUCGUGGUGGGUUUGUUGGCCAACAUGCUGGUGCUGUGGGUGAUCCUGAGAGGCACUCGGAUAAAAAGCAUGAAUGACGUGUCUCUCCUGAACCUGGUCAUUUCUGACCUUCUGCUAAUCUCCACUCUCCCCUUUUUGGCUCAUUAUGCCAGAGAUAACUGGGUUUUUGGUAGCACCAUGUGCACCCUGGUCCUCAGCGUGUACCACAUUGUGUUUUAUGCCGGCAUUUUCUUUAUUGUGCUGAUGAGCAUCGACAGAUACUUGGCGAUCGUCCAUGCCAUGUCCUCCUUGAGAAUCCGUACAAAGACUUAUGGGAUUUUAGCGAGCAUCUUCAUCUGGAUUCUCGCGGUUGCGUCUUCAUUUCCUGAACUACGGUAUCUUGGAGUCAUAAACAAAAAGAAUAAAACACUUUGCAGCGCGUAUCCAGAAAAUAAUCACCAUGAUAUAAAAAGUGGGUCCAUCUUUAAAAUGAAUGUUUUGGGGCUGCUGAUUCCACUGAGCAUUGUGGGAUUUUGUUACUCCAUGGUAUUAAGGAAGCUUCAAACACUUCGUAAUUCCAAGAAACUGUCUGUUCGUCUUGUUAUUGUGGUCAUGGUGGUGUUCUUCUGCUGCUGGAUACCGUACAACAUCGCAGCGUUCCUCAAGGCACUGGAACUGAAGCUCAUCCUGACUCCAGGGUGUGAACUCAGCAAAACCAUCCAGCUGCUGCUGCAGAUCACUGAAGCCGUGGCGUAUUCACACAGCUGCCUCAAUCCGUUCAUUUACAUGCUUGUGGGUCAAAAGUUCAGGAGGCAUCUCGCCAGGCUCCUCCUCCAGACACCAUGCAGCCAUGUGCAGUGUAUGAAACACUGCAUGACCCGAGCUGCAGCUUCAGUGUAUUCACAGACCUCAAGUGUGGACGAACGACAUCCGGAUGAAGGAACAUCCAUGCAACUGAAGAAAUGAUCUUAAUUUUGUUCUUUAAUAUUGAAAAUUAACACGUAAGAUUAAAGAGUUGAGGCUAAAAAGCUUUUAUUUGCGUAUCCAAGAUAUUCUGUAUAUAUGCCUGCUUUUUACCACGCUCAUGCUGAGUAUCAUUAAUGUUUUUUUCACCUUUUAUAUAAAUAUUACUCACUUGGAAUUUUAUAUAUAGUGAUGUUUUGACUCCUUUUGAUGGUUCAUUUUGAAGGAAUUGUUCAUGCACUGUAAACUCAACACAAAUUGUGAAUGACUUGUCAUAAAUGUUUUAUUUACUACUUUAAAUGAAUAAUAAAAUAAUAAAAUAGCUUUUCAAA